UUAGUGUUUGGAGACGUGAUCCUGAGGUUGUUACACUAGUGAAUGACCUUCUGUGCAAGGAGUUUGUCACUACCAUAAGACGAGAUAUGUGUGCGAAGUCUAUGUCAAAAGGUAAAGAAUACCAAUCUGAGGUGAUAGCAGCAAUCUCCUUGACAGCAGGAGCAGCUGCUAUUGGAUACCUGGCCUAUAAAACAUUUUUGUCCAAAGAUAAGUGCUGUAAGGCCAGGGUCAAUCUAGAAAUCCAGAAGGACAACCCUAAAGUAGUCCAUGCCUUUGACAUUGAAGACCUGGGAGACAAGGCAGUAUACUGCCGCUGCUGGAGGUCUAAAAAGUUCCCAUUAUGUGAUGGAUCCCACACAAAGCACAAUGAAGACACCGGCGAUAACGUGGGGCCUCUCAUCAUAAAGAGAAAAGAAGCUUGAAGGGUCAUGUAUGCAUCACGAUAAAAAUGUAGCUAACAAGAUGCAAAUGUUAUUGCUUAUAGAAACAUACCAUUGUGAAUUCCAUUUUAAACUCAUUUUAGUUAUCCAUUCAGUCCACAGCAUACCAUAGUAUAUGCAUAUUCUGGGAUGGCUCCCAUUGCAUAGCAGUUUGAUACAUUCCUGGUUUUACUAUGAGUUUAAUAAGACACAUCUGUG